GGUUACUUCUCCCUCAGAACUGCUCCCCUCCCUCUGCAUGGCGCAGUCGGGAGGAUCAGGUCGACCGGAGAAGCGAGGUAAAGGAAAGAUAAAGAGAGAGAGUCGCCGAGGGCCCGUUGCAUAACAGGAGAAGCACCCACGUACUAGGAUCUCCCAAAACCUUCUCUGGGGUUCCUGGCUCAGGCUUUGCACCCACCCCUUGGCCUCGCCCCAAGAGCCGGCCCCGAGUUCCGCAAAGCCACAGCCGCCUCCCCAGGGUGGUGAGACUGCGCAUGCGUGAGGACCUGGGGCGCCCCAACAGCGCUCGCGUUGGGAAACAAACACCCUGUCGGAGCUCUGCUGGGGAGGCGGGCUCAGGCUGGUCGAGUGACAUCUCGGUGGAGCAAUCACCGUUGCGUUAGGCUUCCCGAUCAAGGGACCCAAUGAACAGGGCCUUGGAUGAACCGGGCGGAGAGCGUGCAAAUUAGCGGGGGACAACAACGCUCCUUUCUGUACCGGGAGGCGGUGCUCCUUCUGCCAAGAGAGCUCCUUGAGGAACAGGAGAGGGAGUGGAGGCAUAGGCGCAGGGCCAGCGGUAGAGGAGGGGCUGCGUAUUAUCCGAGAAUUAAAACUAAAAUUCAAGCAUGAAGAAAAUUUUGGUAGUGGAACCCGUUAUUGCUGUGUACAUGUUUGCAUCUUCCGUGCUGUCACCCUUGAUGCAGCAGUAUGUGUACAGGAGGCUCUGGGAGGAGACCAUCAAUUCCACCUUCAUAGAUAAUGACAGUGUUUCCAGUUGUGAACUGAACCAAAGCGAUCCAACUUACUUGAAGCAGAAGGAAGUCCAAGAAAAAGCCUCUCUUUUUGCCUUGAAAAUGGACUUAAGUGGAGCUGCCCUCAGCAUCUUGGUAGCCUUUGUCCUCGUAGCAAAUGGAGAUCGCUGGGGCCGCAAAAUAUCACUGGCCUUUCCUCUGGUGGGGAAUCUCAUUAGCAGCUUCUUUCUCAGUGUUAUGUCUUACUGGUCUCUGCCCCUUUCUCUCCUGUUCAUUACAGCCUUCAUUUCUGGGCUGUUUGGGGGCUUAGCAACCUUCCUCGGAGGAGCCUUUUCCUUCGUAGUUGACCUUUGUGAAAAUCAGAAACAGAAGAUCAUCCGGAUAGCUGUGGUUGACUUGAUCUUUGGACUCAUGUCUGGAUUGGGAGGUCUGUCCUCAGGCUACAUUUUAAAAGACAUCGGCUUCACGUUGACCUUUGUGAUGAUCUCGCUGCUUCACACUGUCAACUUUUUCUAUGUUACCUGUUUCUUGGAUGAUACAGUCCAGGUGUCUGAUGUCCAGCCACAGUCUCUGAGAGAAGGCCUCAAAGAAACCUUUUCAGGAGUGUAUGUCCUCUUCCAGUCCUCUUCCUGUAGGAAGCGGACUUCAAUCAUAUUGUUGCUGUGCACAUUCAUGACUUAUUUGUUCACCAUGUUUGGUGGGAUUACUCUUUACACGCUGUAUGAACUGAACGCCCCCCUGUGCUGGAACGCCAUCUACAUAGGCUAUGGCUCGGCAGCAUCUACUUCCAUCUCUCUGAUAGGUUUUCUAGGACUUCUUUUGCUUUCCAAAUGCCUGAGAGACAUAUACAUUGUUUACCUUGGAAUCUUCUCUUACAUCGGAGGAGCAGUCAUGGCUGCCUUUGCCAACACUACAUUGCUGAUGUUUUUAGUGAGAGUGCCAUCUCUGCUACAUUUUAUAUCCAUUCCUGUCCUUCGAUCCAUGUUGUCCAAAGUAGUUCUUCCUAAAGAACAAGGAGCUAUAUUUGCUUGCAUUGCUUGCUUAGAGGUCGUGACUGGGACUCUUGCACUUGCUGUUUUUGAUAGCCUUUAUGCAGUGACUGUAGGCUGGUUUCCAGGCUUCAGUUUCCUCUUUUCAGCUGGUCUCUGCAUCAUUCCACUGAGCUCACUAAGCUGCCUUCUGUAUGCCAAUUGGCGUGAAGAGGACUUUGUGCAACUUGUAGAAGAAGACGACUCUCUUAGGGAGAACACUGACAACUGAACAGAGAAUUCAUCUCAUGGCUAGUCCUCCUUUCCUGUUCCUCUAUAAUGGCUGAACCUCUUGGUUGUAUUGCCACAGCUAAAGGGGGAUCUGAAGUUAAAUCUCGACAAGAAUUGCCUGUAGAGAAAUCCCAGGUUCGAAGCUGUCCUGGGUGGCCCAUAGGAUGCUGUGUAAAGGAAUGGGGGGGAGUCAUUAAGGGGGCUUCUGCUAUGUUUAGGUGGAAUUCAAUCGCAUAUUGGCAAAUUCAGGCUGUGCAGUUAUAGCUGUCAGGGAACACAACAACAAGCAACAAACCUGCUUCCUCAAAACAUUGGAUUUUUUGCGAAAAGGAAAGUGACAGGAAAAUGCACUGGAAAGUAUGGGGUAACGCUUGAUGUAAUAUUGUCUAACCUCCCUGCAAACAAAUCAGGGUGAAGGCUCACUAAAUAACCAGUGUCAUCUGACCUCUCUGAAAACAAUUCAGGAUAAAUGCUCAGUAAGCAGGUCAUCUGGGAGUGACCAAAGCUGCCUUGGUUGUGCUGUUACAAGGGUAAUAAGACAGUUUAUCUAUGCUGAAACAGCAAUGAUGUCAGAGUUGGGAUGAGGUCCCUGCUGCCUUAGUGCACCUGUACAAAGGGUAUCUAGAUGCAACUUGAGAUGGUGAGUUGGCUCAUCUUGACUCAACCCAUUAUUUGAAGCCACCUUCUCCCCCACAAAAAAUCCCCCAUUGAUCUGUGAGCUUUGGUUGAACCAUUGGCAGACCAAUUCGACAAACAAAAGUCAAAGGAAAGGGUCAAUUUGUGAUGACUUAAUAUUCAGAAUCCAUUUGUGUUGUGGAUUUGGCAAUAAUUUUAAUGUGUUUGGUCAAUUGUGUAGAUAGGUUCUGGAAGGCCUCUGUAGCUUCUAUCUGGUUUUUGUGUGACUACAUCUCCAAGCAACCGCAGUGUGCAGAAAGCUUAAGAAAAGAUGACCCCCACUUAAUAUUCUUAGACUAAUCUAGCAAAUUGGAUUCUGCUUUACAUAGAGGACAGGCAGGUGCCUAGAACGCAAACAGGCCUGUCUACCUGCUUUCUUAAUUACUGACAUCAGCUUUCUAUGAUAAGUUAACUGAAGGAAUAUAAUGGAAAGAAUGGUUCCUUUCUCCUGUUUCCUUCUGUAGCCACCUGCAUCCCUCCCCAUGAAAAAAGCAUUGCUGGAAGGUUGAGGGGCCCUACAGAAUCCUGUGGGAUGGGAAGCAUGGAGCUGUUGGGGGACUGGAUCACUCAAAAUUUGGCUUGUUAAGUUAAAGAACUGAAUGGAAGGAAAGAUUCCCAUCAGAUCUUCCUCCCAACAGCCCCGCAUGCCCUGUCCCACAUAGUUCAAAAGGGGCUUCCAAUCCUUUGGAGAGACUUUCAGAAAUUGCAGUGGGGAGAAAGGGGCUGGCAAUUCCAUGAAAUUCCGUGAGAUAACUUUGUUUUAGAUCCAAGCCAUUGUAUACAAUACUGCUGCAAUAUAUCUUGUAUUAUUUUCUUAAAAUUGUUCUAUGAGGACAUGCUAGUCAGGCUAGCCUAGUACCAAUACACCUUAGGUAUGGAAAGUGAUGAUUAAUUGGCAGCUUUUGCUGUGUGCCAUUUCUUUCUAAACAGCACUUUAUAUGGUUCACACAGAAAGUAAGGAUUUUUUUUUAAAUAAGAGACCCUAAUAUAAUUGUGUUUUUGUUUGAUUGGCUUGUUAAAUUAUUAGGCAGAGUUUCAGAGAUAGGCUCAGAUUAUGCAGAAGGGAAGUUAUAUGAAGACAAAGUACAACCUUGCACUUCAAGCUAAGUACUUUGUACCGGUGAAGCCUGCACUGCAAAAUGUAGCUGCCUGCAGAGCAGACACAGUCUACAUCUGGCUGCAGUUCAACAUGGUUAAGAGUCUUAAAGCCAGCUGUAAAGUAAACAAAUUUGAGGCUGCAAUCCUAAAUGCAGUUUCUAAGGCACAGGUGGGCAGCCUGCACCCGGUGGGCCACACAUCUCCCUUGAUGUGGCUACCACAAAGCCUUGAAUACUUGCCACCACUAUCACUAACAGAAAAAAACCAGCCGCCAGGCAUUCCUGUAAGUGGGUCAGACAUAGAGUGAUACAGAUAGAACGGUCCUUUGGAAUUCCGCUCUAGGCCCACGCUCUGUGGUUUGGUUGGUGUGUAGGAAUACUGAACACUUUUUAUCCUUCAGCAGUAGGGACUGCACUGUUCAGUGGUGGCAGCAGCAAAAUGGGUGCAGUACAGUGUCAAGAAUGCCUGAUUUUUGAAAUGGUUCUGUAGCAAAGAAUUGUGCGGAUUUCAUCUUGUCUGAGAUGGGGCCUUUGAGAGGCAUGACUUUGCAGUUCUCACAGCCGAAGCUAGUUAAUUAGGCCCAAGCAAGAACACCUCCUUAUCAGUAGAGACUGGUACAAUCAAGGCCACAGGCCUGGGAGGGUUUCGGUAGUAUGUGACCAUUAGGCACGAAAACUCCAGAAACAUUUGAUCAUCUGAAAGCCCCCCUGAUUGGCUAAUUAAUUCUUGGCUGUUGCUAGGGUCUUUCCCAUAAGUAUAGGACUAAAACUGUAGCCUUUGUUCCCCUGGGUUCCAUCAUGCCUAUUGGUGUUGCCUGUGUGGGGUUCCAUUUUCCAUCUGCUAUGCAGGCUAUGCAUCUCUGAGGAGAUAUAGAACCAUGAAGUUAUUCAACUGUUACCUCUUUGUAAGUAUAGAAUAGGCUAGACAGUUUUGUUAGUUUGUUUUGUGUCUGUAACUCUCUGUAUUUUAUCUGGCCCUCUGGGUGUGGGUUUUAAGGAACCAUUUUGCUGUUAUUUUUUUGCACUUAUAUUUUAUUUCAUAAAAUGUACUGCCUUCAAGUCGAUUCCGACUUAUGGCGACCCUAUGAAGGUCACCCAGUGAGCUUCAUGGCUAUGUGGGGAUUCGAACCCUGGUCUCCCAGGUUGUAGUCCAACACCUUAACCACUACACCACACUGGCUCUCAAAGCUACUUCUUAUUUACCAGUGUGUGUUCAUUUCAGGAGGAGUGUCUCUCUGAAUCUGGUACCUUGGCCAUUUGCCCACGGACUACCAUGUAUUUGGUUAUUUGCCUAAGGCUCCAAGACAAGGAGUACAUUUUUGGCUCUUGUCUGUUGGAAUCCUUGGCAGGUCUAUUUUUGGCACUUUGGGUUUCCCCUUGGCCCAGGGUGGUUGACCAGUUUAAGGGGUGGUGGCAGUUGACCUACCUUGCAGGGUUGUUGUUAGCUUACUCAGCCCUAGUAAGGGAGACACUUGAUUGUGCCUUACCAGGAUCAGUUGCCCUGGGUUUGGGGAUUGAGUCCUGGGACUGAACCGGGUCAGGUUUAUGACAGGUUCAUGACACAAGCAGGAAGGCAGGAGCAGAACAGGCUGGCUAUCUAGCUGGGGGUGAGUGGAUGCUGGGUUCCAGCAGAAGGCAGGCUGGCAGACGGUGUGUGUAGGAGCCUUCAUAUAUGUGGGUGUUUUUCUGUGAAUGGAUAUCUGUGUGAGAGUGUGAUCCGAGAAUGAAUGAAGAGAAGACAGGCUGGGGGAGAGUGGAGGGUGGAACAUCCAGAUGGAGGGAGGCUGGCUGGUGAGAGAGAGCCUGUGUGUCUGAGUGAGUGAAUAUUUUUGUGUGUGUGUGUGAGUGAGUGAGUGAGAGAGAGAGAGAGAGAGAGAGAGAGAGAGAGAGAGAGAGAGAGAGAAGUGUUGUCCCUCCCCACACUUUUUUGGGCUCUGGCCCUGCCCACCAUUUGGCACGUGGCCCAUGGCCACUUUUCUCAGAGAAUAUGGCCCUCAACCCCAAAAAGCUUGCUCACCCUCUGCUAAUAGGGAGCAAGCCUAUUCUAUAUCUGUGCAUCCGUCUAUAUUUCAGAAUCAAGAAUUUUAAUGUUGUCAUUCCUGAGUGCAUAGCAUUUUUCUCCAUCUGGUCUGGAGAACCUUUCUCAUUUCUUUUUACAACUCUUUUGAGCUCAUGUGAUGGAACCAAAGCUGUGCUUCUAAUUAGUUUACAGUUAAUGUGCUGUAAAGUGUAAUUUUGUACUUACAUCGCAUUUUCAUCUUCAGAGCACUUUGCAAAUACGUAAGUCAUUAAUCUUCUCAGUGCCGCUCUGAGGCGAAUACUCUUUGCCAACUUACUUUCCACAUCUGUGUGUGGGCAGCCCUUUCAAUAUCUGACUUGUCCCAGGGCCAUAGAGCAAAUUAAUAUUAAGGGCUGAGAUUAUAAAACAGCUUUUGUCACUUUGGUUUAUAGGCUCCAUAAUGCCAUUAUGUAUAGGGACUUCCAUUAAAUGAUGCCUUACAUUCCUGCUAGCAACACCUGGUGAGAUUUUUGUAUAGCUACACAUUUGGAACAUUAUUUCUUUUCGUGCAACAUUUUGCUUUGCAAUAUCAUCAAAUGCUGAGAUCCUUUCCUACUGCUGCUUUUAUGGUAGUUCCUUAGUGACUUCCAGUGCUCCCUCUUGGUCUCUGUGAUUCACAUGUCUCUCUUAGAUCAAACUAGAUGUUUCUGGGAAGAGUGUGAUCAGUCUCUGAAAGGGUUUUUAAUGAACUUUGACUGCAGUCAAGAAAAGAGUGGACGAAGGACAGGGGAUGGGAUACUUUCCUUUCCUGCAGUUAGUCUGCUCAAAAUUUAUUUCCCCAGUUGCUUUUCUCCCCGUGAGGGAAAAAUAUCUGGGGAUUCAUCUAUGCAGGCAGUUGUAUAACUUCUGUUGAUGAAUUGCUGGUUUGUGUUGUUCAUUGGUGCUUUCUGUAGGAUUGAACUGCAUGAGGGAGUUCCCUGUGGAGAACUCCUUCAGGCACUCAAACUGAACAGGAUUGAAAAACCCCUCAUCAGCUGGGUGUGGGGGUUCAGUCCUCCUUUCUGCAGGCUUUGGGUGCACAAAGCACAUUUCAAGAACCAGCACCUCAUUUAAAAAAAAAAAGGCACUGCAUUUAGGGCAAAUGCUUUGGUGGUUCACCAUUAUUUCUGGUCUCCAAUUAUCCUGUCCCUCUAAAGUCAUCUGGCACAUACCAGUCAGAAGAGGCGAAAUGUGGCCUGACAUCACACUGGACUGUGGAGUUGUUCACAAGCAGUGUGAAUCCCUCUCCUCUUGCAUCUGAGUUAUGGAAGACAGAGAAGGGCUAUUUUUCUCCUAAGCAGCAGUAGCAAGACGGUAAGCUUGCUUGAGAGAUACUGUGCUGAAGCCUGAUCGGACUGUUUUGGCUAAGACAGGGUUGUUAAUAUCUUCUGUCAGCAAUUACUUAGGACAAAGCUGCUUUGUCAAAGUUAAUAGUUGCCUAAAAAAAAGCAAUAGUGAUUUACUAACAAGAGAAUUAAGUUCUCUUUCAUUUUCCUUCCUUUGCUGCUAUUGUCUUAUUGCCCUUAGCAAGAGCUGCCUUUCACCAAAGGGAGUUGGGGUCUGCAGUUGUGUUCUCAUUGACUCAAAGAUAACAUUCUUGGGUGAGAAGUUGUGUAUCUUGAUCUGAUAAUGCACAUAAGGUCUUGAAAAUGACAUUGUAUAUGAGUUAGUUUAGAUGGAACUACAAAAUGAUUAGGGUGAACAAGGGAGUAUAAGUAUCUAUUUGAGUAAAAAAGGCUUCUCCAACCUGGUGCCCUCCAGGUGUUUUGAACUACAACUCUCAUCAUUCUGACAUUUGGCCAUGCUGGUUGGGGUUGGUGGGCAUUGUACUUCAAACCUUCUGGAGGGCACUGGGUUGGGGGAAGGCAGGCUACCUCUAAUACCUCUAGAGAAGAAACUGAUAAUUUGCUUAAAGUUCAGAAAACAAGUAAGAAGAAGCCAAAGAGUUAUCUACACUAUACACUUACAUUGGUUUUAUACUAGUAGACUAGCAAUAGUUUUCCCAAAAAAAUAUUGGGAAUGAAAAUAUGCUGAGGGUAUUCAGAUCCCUAAUUCCCUUCCCAAAACUAGUCCCUAGGAUUUACUGGGGAAACCAAAUGACUUAACAGCAAUCCUGUGCAUGUCUACGCAGCAGUAAGUCCCAUAGAGUUCAAUGGGACUUACUAGGGAUGGGGGAAUCUGUCAGUUUGGUUUCUUAUUUUUCCCAUCUUAAAUUCAGUUCAACACAUUUCCACAUCAGUUUGCCAGGUGUUUACACAGUGGCUGCCUGAGUUAAUAUUUGAACUGAUUAUAUUUCGAAGACUCAAUUGUCUUCGGAGUGUGUGUGGUUUUAUGUGUAUAUGUUUGUCAAUAAUGAUGGAGAUGUUUGUGCUACUUUCCUUGAGUGAGUUUUUUUGGAUAACGUAUAUGAAUGAAAACAUUGAGAUAAAUAAAACAGAUUUUGAAUAA